AUGCUCGAGCAAUUGCCCUUUUUUCCUGCUGACAACAGAUAUGAUCCUCUUUUUGACUCAUCUGUGAAUGAGCUUUUGUUGGAUGGAUACACAAAUCAAAAGACUGCCCAAGAUGGGUUUUUGGGAUUUCACCAUUUGAAGUAUACCACUUCCAAUGCCAAGCAGAUCGCUAGAUUGUUCCUGAUGUCCAUGGGGUUCCAAGAAAUUGCUUACCGAGGGUUGGAGACAGGUUCUCGUGUUGUUUCCUCUCAUGUGGUCAAAAAUGGUCAGAUUAUCAUUGAGUUUAUCUCCCCAUUAAAAGCCUGUGAUGAAAACCCGAGUAUGCUUCCUGCAACCUAUGAGACUUGGAGUCAGACGACAGCCCAGAUAUUGGAAGAUAAGCUUAUUUCUAUCAAUAACCAAAUGUUUGCAAUGGUUGAAAAAGUGAUUGGUAACUCUUUGGAAGAAAGCUUGGUCAUCAACGAGGACAAGAAACAACAAAUAUUAAACCAGAUUAGAAGUACAUCUCAAUAUGGGGGAAUGAUGAAGCUUUUUGAAAGACUUACUGCUGAUGUUUCUCAGUAUUCUACCCUCACGAUUCACGACUUGAUGGAUUCGUUCUUGAUCUCUAACUACUUGACAUACCAUGGGGAAGGAGUAAUGGACAUGUCUUUUGAAGUUGUUGAUGUGGACCGAAUUUUCGACAAAGCCGUUAAAGCCGGAGCCGUGGUUAUCAAGACUCCCAAAGUAUUCUUUGAUCAGUAUGGAUCCAUGAAGCUUGCUACAGUUGGAAUUCCCGAUACCGACAUUCACCACACUCUCGUGGAGAAUAUCAACUAUCAAGGAAGCUAUCUUCCUGGAUACAUUGAUCCAGUUGAGGAGUGUGCAGACACGGGGAAUACUCCUGUCAUGCUCUACACCAUUGACCAUUGUGUUGAGAACUAUUCUUGGAACCAAAUGAUUACACAAGCAAAGUUGUAUGCCAAAAUGUUCGGCUUUCACAAGUUUUGGUCUGUUGAUGACACAGAAAUUGCCACAGAGAACUCUUCAUUGAACUCAUUUGUAGUUGCAUCGAGUAACGGCAAAAUCAAAAUGCCAAUCAAUGAACCCUCAGAGGGAAAAAUGAAGGGACAGAUUGAAGAGUUCAAUGACUUCAAUGGUGGUCCUGGUAUUCAGCAUAUUGCUAUGAGAACCUUCAAUAUCAUCGACACGGUUUCUUCAAUGAAAGCAAAUGGUGUCAAGUUCAACGAAAUAUCUUCUAAGUACUAUGAAACAUUGAGUAGAAGACUUCAACACGAUGACAUUAGGCUUAUUGAAGACUUUGAAACCUUGAGAAAGUUGAACAUUUUAGUGGAUUAUGAUGUAACCACAAGAAACCCGAAAACCAAGGUUUGUGCCUAUCUCUUACAGAUUUUCACUAAACCACUUGGUGAUAGACCCACGAUAUUUCUUGAAAUUAUUCAAAGACACCACCACCAAGGAUUUGGAAAAGGAACCUUCAAAGCCCUCUAUCAAAGUAUUGAAUUGGAGCAAUUUAAGAGGGGGAAUCUCGUUCCAUCAACCAGGACCACCUAAGUUUAUUUGUAUGCGCUUUGAGUAUAUAGGUAUAGUUUCUUGACGAAAAAUACAUAAAUAGUAUGAAUAUUAGCGUGCGUUCAUACUUAAUAACACAGACGAGGAGAAGAAAGCUCUUUAAUUAAUAUACGUGGAGAUGGGUACCUCAAAAUCAUCACCUCUCCUAAGAUGUGCUCCUUCAUGGUUGAAAAACUCAACCAAGUCUCUCCGUAAUAAUGGAUACAACAAGUCAAUUAUGCCUUGGUUUCUAGCAAUUUCAUAAGCCCUAUCAUAGGGUAACCAAACACCUUUCAAGUUCAUAGAGCCCACCUUCACAAUGGUCUUUUGUCUCUCCAGUUUAAGCAUUCCGUCUCUUUUUCCCCUACUCAAGCCUGCCGCAUUGAGAAGUUUGGUGCCAUUCACGUAAUUGGUAUCACUUCUUCUGGACACCAACACUCCGUUGACUUCCACCUGAUAGCAGAUGGUACUUUCGUCAUCCCAAUAAACCGUAGAAAUCAACGGCUUAUGCUCAUCUUCCUGUUUACUUGCGUUGGUGGUAUUACUAGAGCGUCUGGUGAAAUUGCUCAGUCUCGAACAAUAGCUCAAGGUCGAGGUAUUUGAGUUUUGUUGUUUGUGGGAAUAAGGCUCUGCUGGUGAUUCUUGCUUUGUGAACUGGCUAGAAGAGGCUACCACAAGGUCAAAAGGGUGAUGCUGUUGAUACAGAAAAGGUGUGUUUGGGGUGUUAUCAGCUGCAACUUCUCCAUCUAAAUGCUCUUGUGUGUUCAUUUCCAGGGCAAAGCUAUUGUGGUCAUUCGACUGGUGGU